AUGUGUGCAGGAGCAUCAUGUGACACCAUGAUUGGCGGAACAUACUUCAGCCACAUGAGUAAGAUGAGUACUAUACCCCUACCUCAUCCCCAACAGGAGUACUACACCCCACUCACCCUCAUCCCCAACAGGAGUACUCAUACCCCACUACCCUCAUCCCCAACAGGAGUACUCAUACCCCUACUCAUCCCCAACAGGAGUACUAUACCCCUACCUCAUCCCCAACAGGAGUACUAUACCCCACUACCCUCAUCCCCAACAGGGGAGUACUAUACCCCACUACCUCAUCCCCAACAGGAGUACUAUACCCCUCUACUCAUCCCCAACAGGAGUACUAUACCCCCCACCCUCAUCCCCAACAGGAGUACUAUACCCCACUACCUCAUCCCCAACAGGAGUACUAUACCCCACUACCCUCAUCCCCAACAGGAGUACUAUACCCCACUACCCUCAUCCCCAACAGGAGUACCUAUACCCCUCUACUCUCAUCCCCAACAGGAGAGUACUAUACCCCACUACCCUCAUCCCCAACAGGAGUACUAUACCCCCACUACCCUCAUCCCCAACAGGAGUACUAUACCCCACUACCCUCAUCCCCAACAGGAGUACUAUACCCCUACUCUCAUCCCCAACAGGAGUACUAUACCCCACCACUCAUCCCCAACAGAAGAGUACUAUACCCCACUACCUCAUCCCCAACAGGAGUACUAUACCCUCUACUCAUCCCCAACAGGAGUACUACACCUCUACUCCAUCCCCAACAGGAGUACUAUACCCCUCUACUCUCAUCCCCAACAGGAGUACUAUACCCCACCUUACCCUCAUCCCCAACAGGAGUACUAUACCUCUACUCUCAUCCCCAACAGGAGAGUACUAUACCCUCUACUCAUCCCCAACAGGAGUACUAUACUCUACUCAUCCCCAACAGGAGUACUAUACACCACUACCCUCAUCCCCAACAGAGUACUCAUACCCUCUACUCUCAUCCCCAACAGGAGUACUAUACCCCCUACUCAUCCCCAACAGGAGUACUAUACCCCACUCCCCUCAUCCCCAACAGGAGUACUAUACCCCACUCACCCUCAUCCCCAACAGGAGUACUAUACCCCUACUCUCAUCCCCAACAGGAGUACUCAUACCACUACCCUCAUCCCAACAGGAGUACUAUACCCCACUACCCUCAUCCCCAACAGGAGUACUAUACCCUCUACUCAUUCCCCAACAGGAGUACUAUACCCCUCUCUCAUCCCCAACAGGAGUACUUAUCCCCUACCAUCCCCAACAGGAGUACUAAUACCCCACUACCCUCAUCCCCAACAGGAGUACUAUACCCCUACUCUCAUCCCCAACAGGAGUACUAUACCCCACUACCCUCAUCCCCAACAGGAGUACUAUACCCCUUACUCUCAUCCCCAACAGGAGUACUAUACCCUCUACUCUCAUCCCCAACAGGAGUACUAUACCCCUACUCUCAUCCCCAACAGGAGUACUAUACCCCACUACCCUCAUCCCCAACAGGAGUACUAUACCCCUACUCUCAUCCCCAACAGGAGUACUAUACCCCACUACCCUCAUCCCCAACAGGAGUACUAUACCCUCUACUCUCAUCCCCAACAGGAGUACUAUACCCCACUACCCUCAUCCCCAACAGGAGUACUAUACCCCCUACUCUCAUCCCCAACAGGAGUACUAUACCCCACUACCCUCAUCCCCAACAGGAGUACUAUACCCCUCUACUCAUCCCCAACAGGAGUACUAUACCCCACUACCCUCAUCCCCAACAGGAGUACUAUACCCCACUACACUCCCUCAUCCCCAACAGGAGUACUAUACCCCACUACCCUCAUCCCCAACAGGAGCCUUCUCUACCCCACUACCCUCAUCCCCAACAGGAGCAUUCUACCCCCAUACCCUCAUCCCCAACAGGAGCGCUCUACCCCCCUUCAGCAGCUUUACAUGUCGGUGUUUGAGACAGUUCGGGCGGUGAUCCAUCAAGGCCCCUGA